AAAUUUCUCCCGAAAAUUAAAAAUAGUUAAUUCAACCUAACCUCUUUCAAAAAUUCUAAAUAUUUUAAUUUCAAUUACCCCUAAUUUCAAAAUAUCAAAAUAUCACAGUCCCCCAAAAAUUCGUCGCCAGCUCUUCUGCUACUACAAAUCCGACAGUCCCUUCACCUUCCUGUCCCCCGUGGGGGUCGAGGUGCACUCCAUUAAGCCAAGAAUCCUUCAAUUUUACGACAUCGUUCGAAACACAACGAUCCACCAUAUUUUAACGCGAAAUGCCGCCACGCUUUCACGCGGCCGAGUUUUAGGCUCGCCGGAAGACAGAGACGUCAAAAGUGACGUGAGGACUUCCCAAGUCACGUGGCUUUACGAUGAGGCUACCGAUGAGAAAGUUAAGAGAAUCCCCGCAAUAAUCGGAGAUUUGACGGGAUUGGACGCCCGGGCGGGAUAUACCGGAGUUGCAGCCUUCCAGCUACGGCGCAAUCGGGGGGCAUUACCAGCAACAUUUCGACAUCCUGUUUAACGAUUCGCAUAUGCCCUUUAUCCCGGAAAAGAACACUCAAAAUAAGUUCUUCAAAGUAACGAUGGGUGGCGGGAUGGCGUUCCCUCGCGUCGGCGUCGCCACUCCGGCGGUCCGAAGAUCGGCGGCAUUUUGGUAUAACCUCAAGAAAAAUGGGCAACCUGACCCCUUAUCGUUGCAUGGCGGAUGUCCGUUGGUCAAUGGAUCAAAUGGGAUAUUUGCAAGAAUACGAAUCCAGCCUGGUUUCCCCUCAGAUGGAAAAGAAUUACCCACAACUGCACAAAUCCAUCCGGAAGUCGAGGGCGCGUCACUGGGACAAAAAAUGCGUCCCAACCUUCCAGGAACACGCGGAAUUGACAGAUUUGCAACGAUACACGGUCAGCAAUCCGAUCGCCGCGUUCAGAAUAAUUCGCAGAAUUGGCAAACAAUUGGUCGAACUUUUAAUGGAUUUUGAAACGGAAAUUGAAACAGAUUUCGUGACCUUGAUGGAUGACAUGUUUGACAAGAUAAGAAUUCCGAAUUCGGAAGAUGUCGAUGGGGCGGUGGACGGGAUUCUCCGAAUUCAGUCGACCUACGGAAUCUCCAUCGACCAGUUUGUCUCUGGCAACUUUGGCGUCCCCGGAGUCGGCCUGACCUCCGCGUUCGACCAGCAUUACGUUGGCGUCAAGGCGUCGGCGAUGGGUUUUUAUGCCGUCGGCCUCCAAUGGUUGGACACCGCGAGGAAAACCCUUCUCCAAAAUUAUGACCCCGCCGACGAGACCUCACUCACACUAAAUAUGGCCGAAGAAGUCCUCUUAACCACUGUGCGAAAGCACAACGAAGGGAUGACAUCGAAGGAAGAUGCGAUGAACAAAUACGCCUAUUUCUCACACCCUUUGAGCCCCAAUGUUUCCACGUUAAUCGUCCCGCGCCAUAAUUUGUAUUAUGUUCCGGACAACUUGGUCGUUGGGAGGGAAACCGAGAGUUUUAUGGAUGCCUGGAACUAUCAGGCAAUUUGCGGCGGGAAAAACCUUUUGCCUCUCGAAAUUCGUCGCCAGCUCUUCUGCUACUACAAAUCCGACACUCCUCUCACCUUCCUGUCCCCCGUGGGGGUCGAGGUGCACUCAAUUAAACCAAAAAUCCUCCAAUUUUACGACAUUGUUCGAAACACCACGAUCCACCAUAUUUUAACUCGAAAUGCCGCCACGCUUUCCCGCGGCCGAGUUUUAGGCUCGCCUGACGACAGAGAUGUGAAGAGUGACGUGAGAACUUCCCAAGUCACGUGGCUUUACGACGAACCCACAGAUGAGAAAGUUAAGAGAAUCCCUGCAAUAAUUGGAGAUCUGACGGGAUUGAACGCCCAGGCGGGAUCCAACGCGGAGGAAUUGCAACUUUCCAGCUAUGGCGCAAUCGGGGGACAUUACCAACAACAUUUUGACCUCCUGUUUAACGAGGCGCAUCUGCCAUUUAUCCCAGAAAAAGAAUUAAUUCGGGGCGACAGAAUUGCAACGGUCAUGUUUUACUUCUCCAACGUGACGAUGGGUGGCGGGACAGCGUUUCCUCGCGUCGGCGUGGCUACUCCGGCGGUCCGAGGAUCGGCCGCAUUUUGGUAUAACCUCAAGAGAAAUGGGCAGCCUGACCCGUUAUCGUUGCAUGGCGGAUGUCCCGUCGGUCAGGGGAUCAAAUGGGGUAAGUAUUUUUAUCAAUUUUGAUCAAAAUUUGAACAA